AUGGCCCUCCAGCAAUCCCCGAUCACGAUCCUCGGGCUGGUCAUGAUCGGCGUCAGCAUCAUUGUCGGCGCCAUUGUGGCGCCCUUUUCCCUGGAGCACACCCCGAUGCAGCACACCGAUCCGCUCAUUGACGAGGUGGCCCUGGCUGCUGGGCCUCCUCUGGCGUCGAUCCUCUGCUAUGCGGCCAUCUAUGCCCUGUUGCUGGUCGAUUGGCUGGCCCUGAUCCUCAUCUGGAACCGGCGCCGGGACUUUGCGCCCUUCCGUGCACGGCAGCUGACCCCGGUUACCUGGGGUCUGGCGGGCGGAACAACGGUCGUCCUCGGCAUCAUGAUGACUUUCCAAGUGCUCCCCUACCCCGGGCCGUGGUUCUGCACUCUCGGCUUCAUCGUCCAGUACACCAUCGGCUACGGGACUUUGGUGACCAGCUACUUCUUCCGGAUGUGGCGGAUCUACAUCAUCUUCCGCAUGAAGGAGCGCAUGCACCUUGGCCACGUCCUGAUCGUUCCGAUCAUCUACUGGCUCCCGAUCCCGAUUGUCACCGGCAUCGCCGUCGCCUUCCACCUCAACGGCCCGGACAUCGUGAAUGGCUACGAAAUGUGCUACCAGUUUGGUCCUGCCUACAAGCUGAUCUACCUCGUUUCGAUGGUCUACCACAUGGGGCCGCUCAUCCUCGUGGCAUACAUGACGCGGCGCCUGUACCGGCAGCAGUAUUCGCACUUCGACCCGGACUUCGGUCGGUCAGGCGGCGCACUGGCCUCCGACAAGGCGGCCCCCGCCGAGCGGCGGCUCUUUUUCCGCACCCACCCCGACACCGGGGCCGAGAGCAGGCUGAAGGUUGCCUGCCGCCGGACGGGACAUUGGUUUGUGGAUUUCUUCCACAACUGGAUUUCCUGCUUCUCCUCUCUUUCCGAUGGCCAGGACUUCGAUCACCAUCAGCAGUGCCCGCACCGGUGGUCCGACACCCGCGGCUCCAGCUCCCCCUGCCAGGAGGCCGGCUGUGCGUACAGCUCCUCCUACAGCACCGAGGACACCUCCGACCUGGGGACCGGCUUCACCGGGCGUCCGGGCGAUGUCAACAUGUACUCCGGCACUGAGGACGACCAUGGUGGUGGUGCCGAGGCAGCUGGCGACAUCCCCCUGCGGGACAUGCCCCGGGUGUCGCUCUCCUCCUCGACCUCCUCGCCGGCCGCGGCUGGCGGCACCGGUCCCGCGGAGAAGUUCCCCCCCACUGAACCUGGCGACAUCCCCCUGCGGGACAUGCCCCGGGUGUCGCUCUCCUCCUCGACCUCCUCGCCGGCCGCGGCUGGCGGCACCGGUCCCGCGGAGAAGUUCCCCCCCACUGACAAGGGCUCCGGCCAGCCGGGCACCAUCCUGUCGGGCGAUGGCGCUAGCGACCUCUACUCGUCGGUUUCCAUCAGCUCCGAUGACCUGUCGGCCGGUGGCGACAAGAGCAGCCACCUCUCCAUGAGCCCAGUCAUGCGGGGCAGUGCGGCCUCCUCGCCGGAGCUCCGUGCCACCACCAUGGCCGCUGGCGGCCUGGGCCCCGGCGAUGCUGCAGGUCUUCAUGGCCCCCUCUCGCCGUCAUCUUCGGCCAUCGGUGCUGCUGGUGCUGGUGCUGCCCCCCACAUGCCGGGAGCCGGGGAAGCUCGCGUGCCGGAAAAGCGCGCCCGCCGGAACACCCGCUCCGCCAGGACCGCCUCCCGUGCCAAGGCCCCGGCCGGUGGCAAUCGCCACCGGUCGGCCCGGCGCCGGCGCAGCCCGGCCCUGGCCUCGCACUUCCAGGAGUUCCGCGCCGUGGCCGGACAGUCCUUCCUGCUGAUUAUGUGCUACAUUGGCAUUGCCUUGGUCAGUCUCAUGCGCAAGCACCACACCAACUGGGGGCGGGUGGUCAGCGCCCUGCUGGCUUCUCUCACCGGGCACAUCUCCUUCUGGGGUCCUCUUGGCUGGCCAUUUAUCGGCUUCCUCACCAACCGCGAGCGGUAUUUGGCCAAGUUCUAUGCUGACACCGGCUUCGCCGGGGUCCGGAGUAGCGCCGCUGGCCCUCCGGCUUCCGCAUCUCCCAGUCUCCCCGGCAGCACGACCGGCGGCCCUCUCUCCUCGACCUCCCAUCACCAUGGCACGCCGGUGACCGUGGCGGCUUCGCGCACUCCGUCUGCCACCGCCGCCGAGCCGUCCUCCCCCCAUGGAGGGACCGUCGGUGCAGGGGCUCUCCCUCCCCAGCAGCCCGGCUCUGCCCCGAUGACCGCAUCUUCCUCCUCCCCCACCCCUUCGGCAUGCGAUGCUUCCCUGACCUCGACCCAUGGCGAGCAGCCGCAGCCGCAGCCGCAGCCGCAGCCGCAGCCGCAGCCGCAGCCGCAGCCGCAGCCGCAGCACCAACAUGACGACCUCCCCGGCACCACACACUCCCUCUCCUCGGCAGUCAGCAGCGACCUGGAGACAAACUCCUCGCCUGGGCAGCCGGCCGAUGACUCAUCAACGCACAGGGGCCCCUCCAGCGAGGAGACUGCCGGGCCCGGAUCUGUCGCCGACAUGAUGGCCGACGAUCCGGAGGAGCCGGCAUGCCUGGCUCCCGGCCCGCAAGUCGCCACUGCGGCUCCCGGCCCCGGCGCGAAGGAUAUCUCCAUGGCUCCGGGACUCGGGGCCGUGGCGACCGCUCCAGGCCCGGCUGACAGUACCUUCGGCGGCAGCAGCAGCGGCGUUGCCUCGCUCACCUCGGAGCAUGACGGCCACCACUCCGACGAUGCCUCCUCCGAUGUGUGA